AUGGUGUUUGGUCAUCACUCUGUCCGUUUUGCUCUUGCGAGGCAACGAGCGUUCCUGUUCCUUGUAGAUGUGGUGGUGAGAGAUGAGCGUCCCGCUCGCCUGCACACGCAGCAACGCAAUCAGCUAGACCCCACGCUUGGAGUUCCGUCUGGAGGUUGGCUUCACGGAGCUUCACGCCCACCCCCGCACCGCGCGGAUAAUUCAACCCUCAGACGCCCACACAUCACGUCUCCCCGUACCCCUCCAUCGGCUAUCGCGGAGGAGACCCCAGUCAGCCUGGUGAUAGGAGAAAGAGAGACUGUCCAAACAACGUGGCUGGACGCGCUCCUGACCGCUCCUGCCCCCUCCGACGACCGCACUUUCCGGGCACUGAACUACCCUGCCCGCCGUCAACCCCGCCAAUCCCCUCUUGACUCAUCGAGCGAUGAGUUGAGGCUCUCCUGGGGGACACUUGCCUAG